GCCCCACCCCCCACUGAUGAAUGAUUAAGAAAAAGAUAAGGAAAAACCGAAGAAUGGAGGGAAAUUCGGAGGCCGAAACAAACGCAUCUACUUUUCGAGCCGACUGAAAAUGUUGGGACAACAGAGCUGAGAACUCUGCCAAAGCUGUUCACCGUUUGGAUAUAACCAUUAGAAGAAGAUGUCUCAUUUCUUCUACACAGAAUCUCCUCUCCAUCCAUCUCUAUAAAACCCCGCUUCUUAAUUUGCUUCCAAAAGCAGCCAAACAUCUCCUCCCUCCUCAUUCUAACCAGCACCAGCCUCGAUACCCACCGUCAAACCUCUUCAUCCUAAAAUUUCAAUGCUUUUCUGCUGCUGACGACCAAAAUGGCGUCUGAUUCCGGCGAUCGACGACCCGCAAGGUCGGGUCCGCCCUCGGCCGAGCCGGAGCACCUCCCCUGCCCGCGCUGCGACUCCAUCAACACCAAGUUCUGCUACUACAACAACUACAACUACUCCCAGCCGCGCCACUUCUGCAAGUCCUGCCGCCGCUACUGGACCCGCGGCGGCACCCUCCGCGACAUCCCCGUCGGCGGCGGCAGCCGCAAGAACGCCAAGCGCUCCCGCACCACCGUCACUGACACCACCAACACUUCUUCAUCCGCUUGCGCCGCCCGGAUACCGCUCCCUACCGGCACUCCGGUUCUGGUGCCUAUCUCUGCCGCCGAUAACGGGGGCGCCGUACAGUUUGUGGGGCACGCCAAGCCUGGGGUGAAUGGGUGCGGAAGCUUUACUUCGUUGCUGAGCACUCAGGCGCCCGGGUUCUUGGCGCUGAGCGGGUUCGGGUUGGGGCUCGGGCCGGUGUUUGAAGAUGUGGGCUUCGGGCUUGGAAGGCCAUUUUGUCCGUUUCCGGCGGUGGGCGACGGCGAUGCUGGCGAUAGAGGCUUGGGGAACAUGAUCGGACACGCGUGGCAGCUGGAAAGCGGGGAAAGUGGGUUUGCGGGUGGGGAUUGCUUUUCUUCCCUGCCGGAUCUUGCUAUUUCAACACCUGGGAACUCCCUGAAAUGAGACGGUGUUUUGUGUUUGAUUACUUGUUUUGGAGAUGUUACAUAGAAUGGGUUUUGUCGUCUUAAGCAGAUUUCAAAAUUAAGAAAUCAGACUUUUGUCUUCUUGUUUUAUUCCACCAUCUUCUUCAAUGUUAGAUGUAUUUAGCUUACUACUUCCA